UGUUAGUUGUUUAUAAAGACGAAAUUAUUAAUAAGUGAUUUUUGUGGAUGGGAAUAAAUGUUGAUGUUUUAGAAAAAAAAUAUUUUAUACUUUGAUGCAAGUGUUAUAUGAUUUAUCAUGUGAAUUGAAAUUAAGUCGGUGGAAUCAUCGUCAUAAAGUUUUUUUUUUUUUCUACUAAUUCUACAAAAUGCCCUUUUUGAAAUGUUUAAAAAUUUCUUCUAGUAAAGAGCAAUCGGAAAGAACCAAAAGAAAUGGAUUACGUUUUUCCAUAUAUAGCCCACAAACAAAAGUUCUUUUCAAGGCACAUUAUAAAGGCGAAUGGAAGGAUGAUAGGAAACACGGCAAGGGUAUAGAAGUAGACAGAAAUGGUUGGAUGUACGAAGGUCAUUGGUUUUGUGAUCGAAAGCAUGGUUAUGGAGUAUUGAGUAAAAUUUCAAAGGACGGUAGCGUUUGUAAAGUAUAUGCGGGUGAUUGGAUGACAGGGAAAAAGGAAGGCUAUGGUAAUUUCAGUUACGAUAAUGGUGAUUAUUAUGAAGGGGACUUUCAACGUAACAAACGUCAUGGUCAUGGCCGUAUUUGGUACAAAAAUGGCGAUUAUUAUCAAGGCUUUUGGAAAAAUGAUUUUCCACAUGGCAAAGGGAUGCUCAUUAAAGGAAAUGGAAAUCGAUACGAGGGUAAUUUCGUCGAUGGCAAGAAAAACGAUUUCGGUACAUUUUAUCAUUUAGAUACCGGCCAAUGUCAAUACGGUUAUUGGUCAAACGAUUCUUGCGUUAAUAGUAUAAUGCGAGAUAUUAGUUGGCGACAAUCGGCUUUGCAUCCAACCGCAUAUGCAAUACCGAAAAUAAAUAUAUCGACGAUAUGUUAUUGACAUUCGAUUCAAAUAACUUUUCUUAACCGUUAAUCAUAAUCAAUGAAUCAUUCGAUUGUUAAAUGACGAUGAUAAUUUUUCUUUUUUUUUUUUUUUUUUUUUUUUUUACAUAAUAACAAGCAAAACUUCUUUAAUAAUAAUAUCGACUUUUCAUUACAUAUAUGUACGAGGAGGAAAAUCAUGCUUUCCCAUUUAGAAACUUUGUUCUUCGAUUGCUCUUCGUAUAAUCACGAAACGUCCUUACUUUCGCGUUAUGCCAUUAACUAGUUUGAAAUUGUAUUAAAGCUAUCGUUACGAGUAGCAACUCGCAUGAUUUUCCAUGUAUGCUUCAUUAAAAUGAAGAAUAAACAUUUCCAAACAUGG